AAGUCAUUUACCAAAUUUAUAAACAUUAACAAAAGCUUGUAUCAUAUCCUCUUUCAACCCAAUUCUAUUCUUCAUUCUCUCUUUUUCUUCUUCCUCUUCUUCUACCACUAUGUCUCUCAUCUUCCUCUUCUUCCUUCUCAUUCUCCAAUUCCACCAUGCAAUUUCUUCCCAUUGCACAACAAUCGCAUCUUCUAAAUCCUUUGAAAAAUGCAUGCAACUCCCUACUCAACAAGCUUCAAUGGCAUGGACAUUUCACACCUAUAAUUACACUUUAGACCUUGUAUUUUUUGGCACUUUCAUUUCCCCCUCCGGUUGGGUUGGAUUUGGAAUAAACCCAACCUCUCCAGAAAUGGCAGGCACGCGCGCCUUAAUCGCGUUUCCAGAUCCCAAUACAGGCCAGUUAGUUUUAUUACCUUAUAUUUUAGACCCAACUGUGAAAUUACAGAAAUCACCCCUUCUUUCUCGCCCUUUAGAUGUCCACCUUGUUUCUUCCUCUGCUGCUCUAUACGGCGGCAAAAUGGCCACGAUACAUAACGGCGCCGCUAUCCAAAUAUAUGCUACACUAAAACUACAACCAAACAACACCAAAAUUCAUUUUGUAUGGAACCGCGGAUUAUACGUCCAAGGUUAUUCUCCAACAAUCCAUCCAACCAGUUCAAAUGAUUUAUCUUCCAUUACUACUGUUGAUGUAUUGUCUGGUUUUACUGCUGCUCAAAACGACAACAGAAAAACGUUGAAAAUAGCACAUGGGUUCAUAAACGCACUGUCGUUCGGUGUGUUAUUGCCAACUGGGGCUGUUACUGCUAGAUAUUUGAGACAUAUACAAUCAAUUGGGCCGGCUUGGUUUUACGCGCAUGCAGGAAUUCAAAUGAGUGGGUUCUUUUUAGGGACAAUGGGCUUUGCUAUUGGGCUUAGGCUUGGAGAAUUAUCAAAAGGUAUUGUCUAUAGUAUGCAUAGAAAGCUUGGAUUUGCGGUGUUUUGUUUGGGAUCUUUGCAAACCCUGGCAUUGUUACUUAGGCCUAAAACGACAAAUAGAUAUAGGAAGUACUGGAAAUCUUACCAUCAUUUUGUAGGGUAUGCAUGUGUCGUUUUAGGAAUUGUUAAUGUUUUUCAAGGAUUUGAAGUCAUGGGAGCAGGUAGGUCUUAUGCUAAAUUGGUGUAUUGUUUGUGCAUUUCUACAUUGAUGGGUGCUUGUAUAGCUUUGGAGGUGAAUUCUUGGGUUAUUUUUUGUAGAAAAUCUAAAGAAGAGAAAUUGAGAAGAGAAGGACUAAUUGCUGGGUCUGAUAAAGGAAGUGGAAUUCAUAGUUGAAAAAAUUCAUGAAUAUUGGAGUUUUUUUGUGUAUUUUGAAAUUAUCGAGGAUUUGUAUUUUGAAUAUUAUAUUAUAUUAUAUAUGUA